AUGGCUCUCAAGGGUCGCAUUUCGUCUCCCCUGGAGGCCGGCACCUCCAUCCUCGACGUCCAGAACCUGCCGCCCCAUCUUAAUGAAGCCCUCGAGUACGCUUCCAAGAGGCUCGCCAGGAAGGCUCUCCACGUCACCCUCGUCGUCGCCAGACGCGAGUACCAGCUCCCUACUCUCCUGCCUUCGUCCUCCGGCCUCACCACGCCCACGAUGUCGCCACCGAGCUCCCCGCCGCUGCCUUCCACGCGCUUCGGCGGCUUCGGCUCGCCCGUCUCCUCCUUCAAGAAGCUCGUCAGGACGAACACCGGGUCCAGCAUCUCGUCCGUGUCCACCGUCUCCUCCGCCGGCAGUGAAGCCAAGUCUCCCGAGACCUUCACCUUCACGCCCUCGUUCCUCAUGGACACCAACGGUCCGAGGUUGAGGUGGCCCCUGUCCCCCGGCAUCCCGCUUUCGCCCCCUCCCAUGACGCCCUCUGUCGCCUCCUCCACCAUCACCGACGCCUCCGGGCCCAUGUCGCCCAACCCCUUCGGCAUCCGCCUCAUCCACGCCGACCUGCUCACCGACAAGCAAGAGCGCACCCUCCGCCAGACCAUCGAACGCGCGGAGAGGAAAUUCCGCAUCGGCUCUGAAUGGCUCCCUCCAGUCGUCGACGGCUCCGCCUGCGGCAUGACCUCCAGCCUCAUCCGUCGCUCCAUCGUCCAAAACGAAGUCCUCUUCGCCUCCGAGGGCCUCACCCUCGUCUCCCUCGACCGCCUCUACACCUUCAAGGCAGCCCUCUCCAGCUACUCCCGCACCAACGCCCCGCUCAGGCUGGAAGACGCCGUCGACGAGCUGCGCCGCCUCAUCCUCUCCCGCGCCGGCAAGAAGGUCUCCAAGUCCGACCUCCUCCGCUCCUAUGACUUCCUCAGCGUCAGCGACGCCGCCCUCGCCGACGUCGACAAGAUGUACCGCAGGGCGUACGGCGGCCCUGACCGCGUCGGCGCCAUCGAGGGCGUCGGCUCCAAGGCGCACGUCGAGGAGACCAUGAGGGAGCUCGAGAGGGACGUCGAGGAGACCAUGGCCGCGGCCAUGGCCACCAUCAAGAUUGGCAAGCCGCCUUCGCCCAAGGGCCCCGUGCUGAAGCUGCAGACCAACUUCGACACCAAGCCGUCGCCGCCGAUGGUCGAGGCGGACGAGGUCUCCGAAGAGGAGUUGACGGCGCGGCCGGAGCGUCAGCCCAACGUGUCCGUCUGGAGCCCCGUGUCGAUUGCAGAGGUUCUUCACGAGGACCGCUCCGUCGAGGACAGACAGAGGCUGGGCCCGAUGACGCCCAACGGGUAUGAUGACAUCUCGCCCAUCACCAGAGGCGAGUGGGGUUUCCUCAUGGGCCCCGGCGGUGUUGGCAACGGCCGAACUGCGCCUGUCGUUACCUGCUGA